AUGACGUUCGCCGCCAUCGUGGUUCGCAUGGAUAUUCCAUCGGGAUAUUCUUUGAUGGAUCUCCUAUACUCCCACGAUCUCCUUACCCACGAUCACUCCGAGGGCCGUGCCCCUGACCAUCAUCACGACCAUGCUCAUGGUCACGACUCCCAAGAUGGAGGCGACGAAGUAGUCGAGCGCUUCACACAUCGAUAUGGUCGUGGCCCAACACGUGACGAGUACAGGCAGUUGAUCGAGCACGGCCACACGCAUGAACACCUUGACCAUGCCGGUCUAUUUGGCGAGCGCGAACCUGUCCAUGUGCACCGGGAUUUCAAGGAGCGGGCGUUUACAAUUGGCAUUGGAGGUCCCGUGGGGAGUGGCAAAACUGCGUUGAUGUUGGCACUAUGCGAAGCUUUGCGUAACACGUACAGCCUCGCAGCGGUGCGAUAUCGCAUGGAACGAUUCAAAGUUGAUGUGGAGACGCAGGUGACCAACGACAUUUUCACGAAAGAAGAUGGAGAGUUUCUCGUGGCGCAUCAUGCGUUGCCUGAAGAACGCAUUCGUGCCGUUGAAACGGGCGGGUGUCCACACGCCGCAAUCCGCGAAGACAUUUCUGCCAACUUGCAGGCGUGUGAAGACCUGUCGAAGCAAUUUCACCUCGACUUGGUCCUGGUGGAGUCUGGCGGAGAUAAUCUGGCGGCAAACUUUAGCCGUGAGCUAGCCGACUACAUUGUGUACGUGAUUGACGUGGCCGGCGGUGACAAAGUGCCACGCAAAGGCGGCCCUGGCAUUACUCAAGCCGAUUUACUCGUGAUCAACAAAAUUGACUUGGCUCGUCAUGUUGGUGCGAGCCUGGACGUAAUGGCCAGUGACGCGAAGGUGAUGCGUGGAAGCGGUCCGACGGUGUUUGCCCAAGUGAAUACGCGGGACGGAGUUCCGUCAAUUGUGGACCACAUCGUCGAGGCAUUGAAGGCCGCGACCAGUGCCCCUUAAACUCACCAAACGAAGCGCUGUUUGUGGGUUACAUUCCAUCGUCGUCGCUGCCGUAUCCGUUGUCCAUCGUCAUCAUAUCGUCUCUCCACACGGGGGCGGUAUCGAUUUCUGGCUCGUCGUCGUCGAACGAAUCGACACAGUCUAGAGCAGAUUUCGCUAAUGCUGGAGACGUCGAGAUGUCGCGAGGGGGCUUCUUGAACGAGAGGGAGCUGCUUGGAAUUGCAGAUGGCGCUUCCAGCUACAAGGGGCUCACGUUGGCAUGUGCAGGUUGUAACUCAAUCCAAGGUGUGGGACCUGU